AAAUUAAAUAUGGCUAAGAAGGUUUCCAAGCAUAGCAGAGCCGCAAGAAGAGGACUCGAGGAUGACGUUAGUCACGAAGCCAAAGAGUUAUCCAGCAUUCCAAAAGAGGAGAACAGUGACGUUAAGAAGUCUAUUAUCCGAACCACUAUCAAGAACGAAAACUUGUUGAAUAAAAAAAUUGAAAACAAGAGAAUCAAAAAACUCAAUAGGAAAAGCACCAGUUCGUUGAAGCAUAAAACUGAAAGAUCAAGCAAGAUUGAAGGGAUCUUGAAUCACAAGAUCCAACAGAGUAUGGAAAGAGCCAAGUACGUUCAGAAUGCCAGAAAGUCCGGCUGGGAGAGAAUCAAUAAAGAUAUACAGAUCAAGAACGACGUGCACGAUGAGCUCAAUGAACAACCCAAAAUAACCCAAGAGCAAGAAGACCAAAUGGAAGAAGACGCAUACGUUGAAGAUUUUUACAAGGAUGGCUGCGAGGACCACAAGGACGGCAGUGAGGAUCAUGAGCUUCCUUCUUCGGCCAACAAGUUUGCCCUUCUUGAAGAAACCGAAGCAUAAUCCAUUACUUGUCUUUCUUUCACUUAUUCCAUUACUUCCUACUUUUUCGUUUAAUUUCCAUUUAUACGUUAAGUUUCACCUUCACUUCCUCUAUCACCUUCACUUCAUUCCUCUAUUAUCUCUUCAUACUUGCCUUUCUACUAAGUAGUUGUAUAUUAAUCGAAAUCUGAUAUUGAUCCAUGCG